AUGAAUCAUUGGUAUAGCAGUGUAUUAGAACUGCUAUUACGUAGACUAACUAAAAAUUUGAUAGAGUUUCCUCAUACUAAGAGCCUCUUUAAAAGAUACAUGAAGCGAGUAUUUUGUCAACAAAAUAUGGAAACAAGACUAUAUUCUAAAAAUAGAGGAAUCCUCUAUUUUUGUGUUUCAACAAUAAAGUUUUAUCUACAGUAA